GGCCCGACUGCCUUUCGGGUGACUGGCCAUGUCAUCGUGCCAGGUGGCGUUUGGCUAGGCUGCAGAUCUCACCGCAAGUCGAGUGUGACGCUGACGUGGCAGAUUCUUCAUCUGAAUCUAUUGGCGGGAGAGCAGGGGAAUGUUUGGCGUGUAGAAGCGGAGCGACGGUCGGUACUCAACAAACGCGACGCAGCAGGAGAAAUGGCAGGUAUGACGGCAUCGAAUGAACAUCAGCAACAGCGCGCGGCGGUAUGGUUGUCAGAGCUGGAGGAUGGGAGGCGUCGGCUGCAAGAGAUUGUGUGGGUGAUGUCAUCCCCAGCAAAUCACCCAUCUGCGGUCCGAGGGGGCGGGGCUCAGAUGGCUGAUUGGUUGGAGGAUAUGUCCCAGCAGAUGCUGGACAUCAUCUGGAUGAUGGAGGAGGGGCCGGAUCCUUGGCUUGAUGACAUCAUCGAUUGGGAGCAGGAGCGGGAUAUCACACGUAGAUGCUACGAUCUCUUCAGCGAAGGGCGAGCAAUCUCUGACAGCUAUUACUGCGAGGACUGCGAUGACGACGGCAACAGCAGCGCGGACAACAACAACAACAACAACCACGACAUCGUCAACAGUGACAAUGACAUCAACAACAACAACAACAACAACAACAACAACAACAACAACAACAACAACAACAAUAGCGACAGCAACAACGACAUCAACGUCAUGAACAACAACAACAACACCGACAUCGUUGACGGCGACGUCAACAGCAACAACAACGAAGCCAAUACGACGGCGGAAAUUCCAAGAACGAUGGGGACACUGGUCCAGAAAGCUGCGUUUUCGACUGCGGCAACAACAACAAUUGAGACACCAACAACAGGAAUAACAACAACGACAAUGACAAUGGCGCCUGCAUCGCUGGUGGUGAUAACGACAGCAGUGACAUCAGCUGCAACAACAGCAAAAACAUCUCAGGGGGAGAGGACCGGGGAUCUGAAGAAGCCGGGGAGGAAGGGAUUAGUGGUGAAAAAACGUCAUAUCGUCUCCCCCCCCCUGGUCUUUUGAUGUCGAAUCCCUCCCUGAUGAUUGGCCGCUUGUGGGAAUAGGAUAGGAGAUGCCCCCUCUGUUCAUUGAAACCAUCGGCCCCUCGAUCUCAAUCAACAUGGAAUGACAAUCUGUUCCUUUGGUGGCAGGUAGGCUGUUUAGGGUUUUCAUGUGUCUCAUCUGUUCUCCGGAGUGUUUUGAUGACUGAUUCUGAGGGAGGUUGAUGAGAAUGGUUUUGUUAGGGUUAGGGUUCAUUUCGGGAGCAGGAGGUCAAUCCUCCCUGGUCAUUGGGAAGUAAUCAAUGCCCCUGGUAUCG